AUGGUUGACCUUGGCAACAAUAACUUGUCUGGAAAGAUACCAACAUGGAUUGACCAAAGCCUAAAAAACUUGGUGAUUCUACGCUUACGGUCCAAUGAGUUCAAUGGAAUCAUACCCUUCUCCCUGUGCAGUCUAGCUGCCAUUCAUGUUUUGGACCUCUCUCACAACAGUAUUUCAGGAGGCUUGCCACAUUGCUUCAAUAACAUAACCUCGUUGCCUACUAAUACUGGAAAACAAAUGACGGGAAAGCUUCCUGAAGACUUUGGUAACAUGAAGAUGUUGGAAUCUCUUGAUUUGUCAAGAAACCGGAUAUCUGGUAAAAUUCCUUCAAGUUUUGCGAGCUUAAACUUUCUUAGUGUCUUGGACUUAUCACACAAUAACUUGUCAGGAAGAAUUCCAUCAGGCACCCAACUUCAGGGUUUUAUGCUUCCAAUAUAUGGAAAUCGUGGACUUUGUGGACCACCGCUGACACAAAGUUGUCCAGGAGAAGGAACUGAAAUUGAUAACAAAGAACAUGAUAAUGAUGAUUCCUGGACAAUUGCAAAAGACUGGAUUUAUGUCAAAACCGUUGUGUACAAGGCAAACUGCAAAGGUGACUUCAAAGAUAAAUGGAGAUUCUGGAAUUCGAGGAAUGAGCCUAAUGAUCCCGGAGUGGAAGAUUCAAGGAUCAUAGCUAACACUCAAGUCCCCGAAAUAUGCGACUGCUCAGAUCCUGGUAUCUCUAGUGCAGAGGAAAAACUAAUGGUAUCAGAAACCUAG